CCGCUGCGCCGUGCGGCCGGCCCCGCCCCUCCGCCCCGCCCCGCGCGCCGCCCCGGCCACCACGCUGCUGGCACCGAGUCAGCCGGAGUCCGUUGAGCCGGUGACACUACUGCCGGGACACCAGUCCACUGCUCACAGUCCCCUGGCACAAAAUAGUCCUCAAAAAUGGACGUCGAGGAGUUCCGCGUCCGGGGGAAGGAGAUGGUGGACUACAUAUGCCAAUACAUGUCGACUUUGCGGACGAGGCGAGUGACGCCGAGCGUGGAGCCCGGGUAUCUAAGGUCGGAGCUGCCGGCGGAGGCGCCCUUUCACCCGGAGCCCUGGGAGGACGUGAUGAGGGACGUGGAGACGAAGAUCAUGCCGGGGGUGACGCACUGGCAGCACCCGCGCUUCCACGCCUACUUCCCCUCCGGGAACGGCUAUCCGUCCAUUCUUGGGGACAUGCUGUCGGCCGGUAUCGGUUGUAUUGGAUUCUCGUGGGCAGCAAGUCCGGCCCUCACAGAACUGGAAAUCAUAAUUUUGGAUUGGUUAGGUAAGGCCAUUGGACUCCCUCCCGCAUUUCUAGCACUAGAAGAAGGCAGUAAGGGCGGUGGCGUUAUAGAGGGGUCGGCGAGCGAGUGCGUACUUGUGUCGAUGCUGGCGGCGCGGGCCGCGGGCAUCAAACGGCUCAAGCACCAAUUUCCGACGGUCGACGAGGGCCUAUUGCUGUCCAAAUUGAUCGCAUAUUGUUCCAAAGAGGCCCAUUCUUGUGUAGAAAAGGCGGCCAUGAUCAGUUUCAUCAAAAUAAGGAUUCUCCAGCCCGACGAAAAUGGAUCGUUGAGAGGGGAGACGUUAAAAGAAGCGAUGGAGGAGGACGAAGCUUCGGGUCUCGUUCCUUUCUUCGUAUCGACCACCCUGGGAACCACAUCAUGCUGCUCCUUCGACAACUUGACUGAAAUCGGCCCUAUCGUCCGGAAAUUUCCGUCCGUGUGGUUGCACGUGGACGCCGCGUACGCGGGAAACUCCUUCAUAUGUCCCGAGCACAAGUACCACUUAGCAGGAAUAGAGUACGCGGACUCCUUCAACACGAACCCUAACAAACUUAUGCUGACCAACUUCGACUGCUCGCUGCUGUGGGUGACGAAUAGAUACCUUCUUACUUCAGCUCUGGUGGUGGAUCCUCUCUACCUGCAGCACUGCUACGACCACACCGCGAUAGACUACCGCCACUGGGGUAUACCUCUGAGCCGACGCUUCCGAUCUCUGAAACUUUGGUUCAUGCUGAGGAGCUACGGCAUACACGGUCUCCAGAAAUACGUCCGGCGACACUGCGAACUAGCUAAAUAUUUUGAAAAACUCGUCAAAAAGGAUGAAAGAUUUGAAGUUUGUAAUCAAGUCCAGUUGGGGCUGGUAUGUUUCCGCCUAAUCGGAGGGAUGGACGAAACGCCCGAGCAAGUGGACGAGCUAAAUAAGAAAUUGCUAACGAAUAUAAACGCGUCUGGCAAAAUCCACAUGGUGCCGGCGUCCGUGCGGGACCGGUACGUCAUCCGCUUCUGCGUUGUCAACCAACAUGCCACCAGGGAGGAUAUCGAGGUCGCAUGGGAGGUUAUAACAGACUUCGCUACAGAGUUACUUGAAGGUCCAGACAAGGAGAGGGAUCUGAACGAGGAGCGCGCGCGCCGUCACCGCGCCGCGCUGGCUCACAAGCGGUCGUUCUUCGUGCGCAUGGUGAGCGACCCCAAGAUAUACAACCCCGGCGUGAACAAGACGCCGCCGCCGCUGCCCACCAGCCCCACCACGCCGCCGCCCGCCGCCCCCGCCACGCCCGACACGCCUGAAACCGUGCCCUCUACUCCGAGACAGUCGUCUUGGAUCAGUUGGCCUCUCGCGUUCUUCUUCCAAAGCGUUGACCACGACUCUAACGACUUACCGCUACGAUUCCGUCACCUGGACACGACGGUCCGGCUGAAGAGCCCUAACCACGGCCGGCGGGGCUCCUCGCCGUGCGCGUCGCCCGAGCACCGCGCCCCCUCGCCCGCACACUAACCGCCAUGUAUAACCACAUAAUAUAUUAUCUACAUUAAACUUUCCGAGCAAUUUAAA